GCCGCCCUCGUUAAACGCGCCCGCCGGAUACGCGCCACGGCGCGGUUGAAAGCUAUCCGGCCCCCGGGCGGGCGGCGAGCGCGAUUGGCCGGCGCGCACCGCGCACAGUAACCGAUAGCCAAUCGUGUGCGCGGCCCGAGCACGCCCCUGGCGCCGCCGAGCCGCCGGCUCACACCGCGCGCGACUUCGCCGCGCACACUCGCACCGAUGCGCGGCUCCUGGGACGAGUCCACGACGGCGGCGCUGCACGCGCGCAUCCUGGAGGCGCACCGCGGCCCCGCCGCGGCCGACCGCGCCGCCGAGCCGGCCGCCUGCGCCGAGCCCGCGCCCUCGCUCGCCCUCAACGCCAUCGAGCUGGCCGCGCCGACGCCGCUGCUGCCCCUGCCCACGCUCUCCUUCAGCGCCGCGCAGGUCGCCACCGUGUGCGAGACCCUCGAGGAAAGUGGAGAUGUCGAGCGGCUCGCUAGGUUUCUCUGGUCCCUCCCGGUCGCCCACCCCAAUGUCGCCGAGCUGGAACGCUGCGAAGCUGUGUUGCGCGCUAGGGCCGUGGUUGCGUUUCACGCGGGGAGACACCGGGAGUUGUAUUCUAUACUCGAGCGACAUCGUUUCCAGCGCUCGAGCCACGCUAAGUUGCAAGCUCUAUGGCUAGAGGCACAUUAUCAAGAGGCCGAAAGACUCCGAGGGCGCCCCCUGGGACCCGUAGAUAAAUAUCGAGUUCGCAAGAAGUUCCCGUUGCCGCGAACGAUAUGGGACGGCGAACAGAAGACGCACUGUUUUAAAGAGAGGACGAGAUCGCUUUUAAGAGAAUGGUACCUGCAGGAUCCGUACCCGAACCCGACGAAGAAGAGGGAACUAGCGGCGGCGACGGGUUUAACACCGACGCAAGUGGGGAACUGGUUCAAGAACCGCCGGCAGCGGGACCGAGCGGCGGCCGCCAAGAACCGCUCCGCGUUACUCGGCCGAGGGUUCGCCUCGUCGUCCACGUACGACGAGGACUCGGCUGACUCCGAGAUCAACGUGGACGAGGAGUAGCCCGUCCACCAGCCCCAGAGACUGAUAGUGUAAAUAAUAUCACGGUGAUACAAUUUUUAUACGGCGUGCUGUUGGCGGUUUUUACGCGGUUCGCACGUUACAGAGACGAUUCCAGUGGCGUACGAACGAUGCAAUAUAGACGAGAAGUUAUCUUAUUAUUCUAGUUAGAGUCACAAAAUCCGUGACGUAUGUGAUGUUAAGGCAUUGUAAACAAGUUUGUUAAGGGCAUAAUUAUAUUGUUAAAAGUGUAAAGCGAGUGCUCGAAGUAAAAUCAGCAUUUCUCCGUAUCAGGUAUGUACACUCUAUUUUGUAGUGGGAAAGUAAUUAGGUUCUUGCCUUUAAAAAAAGUUGUAGGCCUUCUUGAUCAGUGUAACAUUUUUAAUGCAAUGAUAGGAAACUUUAUAUUUGGAAGGUAAAACAGGGUUAUUGUUUUGUUUUUAAUGUGUAAUUUUUAUCGCGCGGUAGGUUAUAAAUUCUUAAGUGCGUAUUCUAUUUAAUUUCGUCUCGUCUAAGUGACUCGCCUAGAUUCGUUCUAUGGUUUUAGAAGACAAGCAUUUACAUACCUAAAUAUUUAUACAGCCUUUACUAUUUUACCAUUAUACAUAGUCUUAUCUGUCAUAUCAGAGUUUAGUUGUACGUUAGUUAUUGGUAAUUAUGUAGAUAAUUAUGUUGGUGAGUAGAAUUCGUAUUAACUAUUCGAAGGCUUGUACCUGAACAAGAGACACUUUCCUCGUGUGCGAACGAUAUUUAACUGCCUGUGUAUAUGAAUUAUUUAUUUUCAUAAUAGCAGAUGUUUGCGACAAACUCGAAAUGCUGUGGACAUGUCGCCUCGUUAUCGUCCGAAUGCCUCUUAAUUGCUUAUAUUAGAUUCUAUUCGUAAAUAUUAACAUUACAUUAGUCGAAAUUUUAAUUCCAUAAUAUUCUGAUGGAAUAUAAAUAGCAAUACAAUUGUAUAGAAUUAGAUUAGACAGUUCAUUGGAUGCAAAGUUGACAUAGUAUUUUUAAUUGAACAUAUUUUAUGUUAUUAUUUUUAAUUACUUAAACAAUAUAUGUCUACAGCAUAUUGAUAUAUUUGACAGUAUUUUAAUUCGACUAUUUUAUACACUUACGAGGUAUAAGUAGGUCUAUCUACUCUGUUUUACCUUACUUGGCAAAUUUUUUAAACAAUUUUGACGUGUUUAUUUUUUUUUUAUUACAAUUACUUUUUUAUCAGAAUUAAAAGAGUUUCUGUGUUAAUUGAUUUUAUAUUAUUCUAUUUAUAUUAUUUUUGAAUGAAUAUAAUACGGAAAUAUACCAAAUUUGUUUAUUAAAUAUAUAGCCUGUAAGUGAAAACAAAUUAGGUAUACGAGUAGUAAUUUUUAAUGUACAGGAUGAAAUUAAUGUCAAUGGCAUCGUAUUACGAGAGUGUUUUAUCAAAGAAAUAGGGUGUUUUAGAAAAGAGAAGAAGAAAUAAGAGGGAGACUGUAUAAAAGUCGUUCUCGUGGAUACCUCUGUCGUGUUUUUGCCGUGAAACAAUUAUGUUUGCAUGGUUAUAUUUUGGUUUGAAUGGUGAGAUAUGGCUUUAUUAGCAUUACACGAUAGUUCUCAAGAACGGUAACGUGUGAGGGGCAUCAUGGGGAUCUUAGAGUAUUCUGUAAUACCCAUAAUGUUGUUUAUGUAUGACAAGUACCGCUUUAAACCAGGUGGACCGUUAGAUUGUUUGCCAUUCUAAGUUUCUUAAAAAUUAAAAAAAAACUUGAUUUUUUUUUCAAAAAUAAAAUCGAUUGUAAAACUACAAAUUUACACUCCACUACUACAAUUAGAUAAAGGCUCAAGUUCUUUUUUAUUAUUAUUAUUCGACUCAUUUUUCUUCGGAGUAAAAUAUUCAAUUUCAUUGAUAAAACACUUUCAUAAAACGAUGUUAUUUCAAUUUCACCUGUAUAUCCCACGAACGAGGAAUUACUUUUUUUUUUAUUAAAAAAAAAUAUUAUUUAUAUAUCCAAAUAUUUUUGUAGAUUACACAAAAAAAAAUAUCUUGUGCAUUAUAGAUACCUAAUUACGUGCAUGGACGCGUUAGGAUACGUAGGUUAGGAUUAGCGACUCAUGAGAGAAUUGUAAAAAUGUAUAAUAUAAUAUAAACAAAUGCAAAUUGUAUAUAGAUAUCGACUUACAUUACAGUCAUUAAA